CGCAGCCGGGGCUGCGGGGCAGGAGAGAGCAGCCCCGCGUCUGCGCCGGACGGCGAGGGCGUCUGUCUGCCGGUGCCUCUCACAGCACCAUGACUCUCCAGGCUGACUUUGAUGGUGCUGCAGAAGAUGUAAAAAAAUUAAAAACAAGACCGACUGAUGAUGAACUGAAGGAACUGUAUGGAUUCUACAAACAGGCUACUGUUGGAGACAUUAACAUUGAAUGUCCAGGAAUGCUAGAUUUGAAAGGCAAAGCCAAAUGGGAAGCAUGGAACCUGAAAAAAGGUUUAUCAAAGGAGGAUGCCAUGAAUGCCUAUAUUUCUAAAGCAAAAGCAAUGGUAGAGAAAUAUGGAAUUUAGAAUACUCAAAAUAAUUUCUACUAACAACUAACUCUUCAAUCACUAAUGAACUAACUUUUCUACAAAAGUGCAAUACUAACUGUUUAUUGUGUAGCCUGAUAGUAAAAUCUUUUAGGCAUGAGUUAUUUGGCCCUAAAGGGUAUUUACAUACAUACUGUACUUUAGACUGUAUCUGUACUUACUCUAAAUAAAU